AAAUAUUUUCUAUGUCAACGUCAAGUACUUGUAAGAAGAGUAUCGUGUGCAAACGAAAUCAAAACAUUGUACAGCUGUGUGGACAACAUCACUCAUACUAUACCAUUGAAUCUUUGAUAUUGUCGCUUUCCCAUCAGAAAAACUCUGCACAUUUCCGAUCGUUCCUUUGGAACAGUUUCGACUCGCCAGUUUGCGCUACCUUAAAGGGGCCCAGUGUUUGUCGGUUCCCAUUUUAUGGGUGCCCUAAAUUCACGACGACUGAUUAUGUUAGAUGAGGAGGAAGUGUCCUGGCUCGACCAAAGUGAGGAUACGUCCGAGUACUCCGAGUCCGACGAAUCUGAGAUUGAUAGGGAAAAUGAGCUUGUGCAUGAACUACGCACACGUUCGAGGAAUCGCGACUAUGAUGGCACCACACAUUUUGUAGCAAUGCUACACAAUCUAAUAAGCAGAGGAGGUCUAAUGAUAGAUAACAGCGACGACCACGACGAAGCUCCAAUGAACAGAAAACCACCGAAAAUCAAGUACAAAAUUGAUACAUCAGCUUUGGAUCAUAGCGAAUUUUCUCUGUUGACUCGCCGUGAUUGCGGCCUGUUGGGGCAUACUCCCAAAAGCACCACGGUAAACCAUGUAAUAUCGCUGUUGAGAAGCCGGGAAUAUGGGUUCCAAGAGCAGAGUAAAUUCUCCGCUGGCACAAAAAACAAAAUAACCAGCUGGUAUCUGCCCAACGAAAUGGUUUCGUCCAUUGAGCACUCCACAGGGAAGGUGUUUUGUGGGAUUUUUUCUGCUGAUGGCAACACGUUCCUCACGGCCUCUCAAGAUCGCUACAUUCGUAUCUACGAUUCGAGAGACUGUACAUAUAAGAUGUUGAAGUCCAUUAAAGCUCGUGAUGUGGGUUGGAGCUUGAUCGACGUCGCAUUCAGUCCAGAUGGGGAACAAUGUGUCUAUUCGACAUGGUCGACGAAUAUUCACAUGUGCCAGGUUUCCGGUGAUUCCGACCGGCAAGAACCCUUCACUUUGACCAGCGCGAACAGGAGAUUUUGCGUCUUUUCCGUUGUAUAUUCAUCGGAUGGAAAGGAGCUGGUCUGCGGCGCCAAUAAUGGGUGUUUAUACACCUACGAUAUACAGCGGACAACGUGCACAUCUAGAAUCGAAGCUCAUGAAUAUGACACUAACCGGGUGCUUUUCGCCGAUGAUACAUCGCAAAUUAUAUACAGUGGCGGCGACGACGGGUUGGUUAAAGUGUGGGAUCGGCGAACCCUUCGCGAAAGAAAUGUAAAGCCGGUCGGUGUUUUGGCCGGUCAUAUGGACGGAAUUACCUACAUUGACUCACGGGGCGAUGCCAGGCAUUUGAUCAGCAACAGCAAAGACCAGUCGAUCAAACUAUGGGACUUGCGGCUGUUCUCCAACAGGGACGCCGUAAGUGAAUCGCUGAAAGCGGUACGAAGCCAACGAUGGGACUACCGAUGGCAGGGGGUUCCCAAAGAACUCUACGAAGACAAUAAGCUGGACGGCGACACAUCCCUCAUGACUUAUCGGGGUCACGUUGUGUCCAAAACUUUAAUCAGAGCCAGAUUUUCGCCGGUUAGUAGCACUGGGCAGAGGUUCAUCUACACAGGCUGCAGUCUAGGCCGUUUCGUCGUUUACGACGCCUUGACUGGUAAAAUCGUCAGCCAGAGAAAGGGUCACAUGUCCUGUGUGAGAGACGUUGCGUGGCAUCCGACUAGAAACGAAAUUGUUACCUCAGCGUGGGACGGCAUCGUUGCCCAAUGGAGAUACAGCAACGUAGUCUCUCUCAACACCAAAAAAGAGGCGAAGACUCCUUUACGAAGAAGCGCACGACUAGCCGCCAUGAAAAGGAGGCAGAUGAGGGAAUCCACGUCCAGUGAAAACUAAUUUCGUUCAAAUAUUCCUCGUUAAUAUUAAUGCCCAAUUAGUUUUAUUUAAAAAAAAAACAUCAAUCUGCAAGCCACUUUUUUAUCAUCUAUGUGUACAUAUUGAGCAAAGACUGGUGUAGAUACACGAUGACAGGCAUUAAGUUUCAAAACCCCUUUUUUCAGCCGAUUCAUGGUGCAUUUGCCGUCGUCUGAGCCUCAAGUUUACUGAUCAAUGUGCAGUCAGGGUUUACAGUUCGAUAAAGGCGGGCCAAAUUGUGAGAUUAUUAUUAGAUGCAGGUUGUGAUAUUCAGUAACUGUAGUACCGAUUUUUAGAUGAGUUGUUCUAACCCAGUUACGAGUAAAAUAUUGGUUGCAAUUUUGAAGUUUGGCAAAUAAAACUUUAACGUUA